AUGGAAACAAUCAAAUUAUUCAACAAUGUUAGACGUGCAGCAUUUUUCAAGAACAAGUAUCCCUUGGGAAAUACUACGAUGCGAUUUCUUCUCCUCAUCUUUACUCUUGCAUUGCUGACGCCAACGGUUCUUCUUCAGGAUCCCGGAGCUGGGCUGUCAGAAGAAAUGCUGCGGGAGGCUGUGAAGCAGCAAAAGGCAUCAAUUGAAAAUAAAAUGAAAAAAGUGCUUGAUUUCAAAACUGCUGCUGGGAACAAAAGUUCGAACUCGUCGAAAACCACUAAGCCCCCUGCUUCGAAGCCUUUCCAGAAUAACAGCGACGCUGAAACAGUCGUCUAUGGUGGGACUCCUGUGACCAGCAGAACCGGUUACCAAUACAUGGCCAGGAUUGAAUUGGCCCCCGCAGCUUAUCCGAGCCAAAGGAUUAAUUUAGCGGCAGGUGUCAUCAUUUCCACCAGCUACGUGCUGUCAACUGCAUAUCCAUUCGUGGUUAUUAGGGACUCCGCAGGAAGUGCAGGGUCGUUUCUAUAUUACGUGGUAGUCGGAGACCUGAAAUCAGCUUAUAUAGAAUCUGACGAAGAAGAAUUUUUGCUGGCCCCUGAGGAAAUCAUAGUUCAUCCCGAAUUCAUUGAUCCCAGCAAGAAUCCGCUGGGAAUGACUAAAAACAAUUUAGCAAUUUUCCCUCUGCCCACCUCCAUCACCAGCACCACCUCAUCGUACAUUGAGAUCGACAUUAGCAAGGUCUCCAACGACCUCUCGGGGUAUGAUGUUGACAUUGCAGGUUGGACUAUGGUGGACCCCACGAGCAGCGCAGCAGGCAGCGGUGAGAAACAAAGCACAGCUUAA